GGUUUCCAUGAAACCGUAAUUUGGUGAUCGAUGCUUCGGGCGACAGUUCAGUUGAUUGUGCAAACAUUUUCACUGUAUUCAGCUAGUAAUUGCAAAGUGUGGUUUCAUUGAAAUGUUACAGGGAAGCUCGGUAGAUAUCGGAAAAAUGGUCGGUGUUUGUCUUUGUUCGCUUCUGGAGUGACCAAUAUUUGCCGUAUAUCUUUGAGUGUUGUUUAUCAUACCCGUUCAGACAAUAGAAUUUUAGCAGAAACCUUCAAACACUUAUCGAUUGGUCAGUAAGCGUAUCUUAUCGUUUUUCCUACAGUAUCUACCUACUCAACGCUCAACAACUGUUUUUACUUUCCACGGAAAAGAUCUUGUGCGGGUGAUAAAACUAAGUGAAACGGAGCUUACGUCGGUGCUAGUACUUCUUCGAGUAAAUUAAUCAAUCAACAUCAAUGACAACGGAAGGGGCCGCUAGUUAGCAGAUAACAGGAGUGAUGUCAUCAGAUAGGAUACACAGAGCGGCCAAAGAUGGCCUACUGGAUGUGCUCAGGGAGGCCACCAGGUCAGAAGCGAACUCCAAAGAUGUCGAUGGGAUGACUCCGGUACUAUGGGCUGCAUUCGAGGGUCGAUUGGAGGCUCUCAAAUUGCUGGUCGGAAGAGGUGGAGAUCCGGAUAAAUCCGACCAAUUUGGUAACACAGCAUUACAUUUAGCUGCAGCCAAAGGUCACAUGCCAUGCGUAGAUUUUCUGGUACAGUUCGGUGCCAAUAUUUACGCUUUAGACAUUGACAAACACAGUGCGAAGGAUUUGGCGGCCAUCAAUAAUCGAGAAAACAUCCUUCGCUAUCUGGAUGCUGCCGUUGCGAAUCUAGAAGUUGUUGAUAGGAAAAAAGCGCGAGAUUUUAAAGAAAAAGCAAAAAAGAAAUCUGAAAAGCGGGCGCGAGAGUUUGCCAGUAGACAGCAAAAGCUUAACCAGGGACACGACGAUGACACCCGGAUACGUCCGCAUCGACCUUCCAACAUGCUGCAGAUGUUGAAGCACAAAAUAUGGUCCGGAAGUCAUGGAAAUCUGAAAAAUUCCCACAAAGAUAACGCCAAUAAUCAAAACGGGACCAAAUUUAGCGCGCUGGUGGGUGGCACUGUUAGCGGAGCACGAGGGGCCGUGAAAAAACGAGCUGAGGCUACCAAAUUGAAGCAGCAGAUCGAAAAUGGAGGUUUCAAAAUAGGCGAAAUGGAACCGACAGGCAAACGCAGCAUUCGAUCAAUACAGGGCUUGCAGAGGGAUUCUGAAAUUUUGUACGUUGGCACGUACGGUUCCGUCGAGGAUAGCGGAAAACGUGGCAAACUGAAGGAUGUGUUCGAUGUAGAUUCCAACGGGUACGAAGAGGUAGACGACGAGGACAGUGAAAGCGGUGGAUCGAAUGCUCACAAAUUCAACACCAUCUCGAGAUCCGUGAGCCAACCGGAUUUCCUGGCCAACCUCAACGAUGAGCUUACGAACGAUGUUUUGCUACAAAGUAGACCCAGUAUUUUCAAUAGACCUUCGGGAAAUUUGGCAAUGACGCGAUCAGUUUCGACUGUGCUGGCACAGCUUGGCAAUGAACAAUCAACCAAUGAGUCGUCCGAUGGGUCUACGAAAGCGAAAAUGAAGCUUGGUCCCAUUAAGCCUCGUUCGCAGUUGGUCAUUUCAGACUCCGAAAGCGACCAUGAUAGCUCUGACAACGAGGAAAACGAGUCACUAGCAAUGUUGCGCUUCUUAGUCGCAUUUAAACUCGAAGACUACUACCCAGUUUUUCAGAAAAACGAGAUCGACAUGGAAACAUUGAUGCUUCUUACCGAAGGGGACAUUAAAUCACUAGACCUUCCUAUUGGUCCCCACCGAAAAUUGUGCAAUGCAAUUCAGGAACGAAGAGAAGCUCUUGCUAAUCCCGGAACUAUAGUGGACAGCCGGCUGUGAAGUGAAACUAUUUGAAGUUUGGGAGUUAAAUUUUAAACACACUUCUAUAUAAAAAAUAAUAAUAUGAUGAACUCACAGUCGAUGUACAUACUGGAAUAAACU